UAAACAAGCUAGUACUUCUGGCUCCCUCUCUGACGAAAGACAAGGGGACAAAGGACGAGGCAAGAGAGAGAAAGCCAUGGCGGUAACGGAGGCAGAUGCAAUCAAAGAUUUGACGGGCGAGGAGGUGGAAGACCUCAAGGAGACGUUCCGCACGUUCGACAAGGAUGGUAGCGGCGAAAUCGACCUGGACGAACUGCGGACCGUCAUGACCUCGCUCGGAUACAGCCCCACCAACAAGCAGCUAGAGGACAUGAUGGCGAAGGUGGACCUGGACGGGAACGGGCUCAUCAACUUCGCCGAGUUUGUGACGAUGAUGCGCAAGUGCAAGGUCGACACAGACUUUGAUAGGCAAAUCAGGGAAGCUUUCAAGUUUUUCGACCAAGAUGGGUCAGGGGCGAUCGACACCAAGGAACUCGGGAACAUCAUGCGACAGUUGGGGGCGAAACUGACGGACUCGGAGAUCAACCUGCUGGUGCAAGAGGCGGAUGUGGACGGAGAUGGCCAGGUGGACAUCAACGAGUUUCUCAAGAUCAUGUACAGCUGAAAGGGUGGAAGCUCCCACAUACGUUCAAUUCUCCACGCGCGUCCAUUGAGGUUGCGCGUGGAUGCCUUCUGAGUCGGGCGUGUCGUAGACUCCCAUUGUUUAUCAAGAUGAGAGGAACUUCAAGCGCGCGCAGCUUAGUGUUACGGGCGAGGAAGAAACCUACCCUAGCACUAUACGACGCGCACUGUCGUGGUCCUGGUGUUUGGAGAAGGGGUUGCACAAGCGGGGCGUUGAGAGGUUUUCCUGUUCCACUUGUCUAGCAGCAUAUCCACCCCGCUUUCCCAAACCUUUUGAGGAUGACAGUCAGGAAGGGUUUGCCCCCCUUGUCCAGGCUGCCAUGGAUUGGCAGAGACAACGCCACGAAAUUGUAGGCCCUGUAGAAUUUUGAUAUUUUUUUUUCAAGGUUGAAAGCGGCAGAGUUUUUUUUAUUGUCUUGGGUCCCGCCCGCUGUGUCCCUCGGCAAGUGGUGAAGGGAUUGCCGCUAAACGCUUCCUCAUGGGUCGGUAAGGAUCGAUCCCAACUACCAUCAUUGUUGCGCGAUGAUCGUGUAGCGUUCGCAGCAGGGCUGCUGAUUUGAGUCGGAUGUGGUAUUGUGGUUCCCUGUUGUGUCCUGCCGGGGGGGGCGUACGCGUAGGAAUUUCAGGAAGUCGGGUAUCACGCACUUUUGGAGGUUUCGAGGUGAUGGUCGUGUAUUUAUUUGUGGUAGAGCACCCCCUCCCUUCUUCACGCCUCCGCCGGUGCAUAAACAAAACACAGGCGGCGUUUCAUCGACACUUUACAUUUUUCAAAGCGCGCAGGCAGCAUUUAGAGGUUUUCCGGAGGAUGCGGUAGCUUUGUGCGCGUCGCUUUCUCUUGCAGACCGUGUGGCGACGGCUGCAGCUGCCGCAUCGGCAGCACUUUUGACUUCGUAGUUAAGCGAUUGGAUGUCGGUCGGAUGGAGCUGAUUGACUAUUUGCACGAGCGGGUGCUUUCGUCCUCUCAUCCUGGUUCUAGUUCGCUCGGCUUUUUCGUGGAGAACAUCUCCCACGCAUCCGAUCGGCUGUUGGUUGACACGAAAACAGGUUUUGUGCGGUAGGAUAAGGUUUUAUUGUUAAAGGGCAGCUUCAUACAAUAACGCAGACGAGGGAGCGCCGAGGGUUGAUUAGGCGUAACACGUGGGACCAGCUGUGGGCCACCACAAAGUCUCUACAUAUCACGGAGGGAUAACGGAUGCCUCAACAACGUCCAGCGUCUGUCAACCUUACUGCAUUAUUACGCCAAACAUAUGAAGUAUUGUACCUCGCACUGGUUUUUAGGCCUGUGCUGAUAUUUGUGUGUGUGUGUAUCCGACUAUUAUGUCAUCGGAAGACGGAACAGAAUGGAAUGUAAAUGUUAAUGUGUGCGUCUCAGUUUGGCGAAGGGGGCAAGCAGACUCUCCAUUCCGUCAUUCCGUCGGUUCUUUGAGGUAUCAAGACAAAAAAAAAACGUGUGCUGUGGACUUGGGGAAUUGCUGACUCUCGGAGGCGCUGAGAGCUACUGUAGCUCCGAACGCUCACAGAGGAAUGGAGACGCAAAAGUGGC